GUAAGUUGAAAAGAAGAUCAAGGGAACUCAGAGAGAGUGAAACAGGACUACAUCAUAGUGGCCAACUGCCCUGGCACCGUCUAUUGCUUCUGUUUGAAAGGAGUCGGCCCAACUACCAUACACCCAUUGCAGCUAAUACGAUCCCAGUGAACAAACAAAUGACAUGCAGUUUUGGAGAUCGAUGA